ACGCGGCCAACUUCCCUCGGUUAUUUCAGCUGCUUUUAUUUUACUUUGUGUUGGAUUACUUUAUUUUCAUCUGAUGAGAAAUUAUUCGGUUUCCGCGGGAUAUUUUCAAGAAUUUGCAGCGGUACGGUGGCGUUUGGAUAAAAUGUUGAAUUAAUAGUUGGCACGAAUGGAAUGGAUUUGUACUGUGCAUUAUCUUUAGUGCUGAAAUCGCAGUUAAAGGUUUUGUUGUGGCUGUGGUUGAGAAAUCGUCGGGACGAGGGAAGAUAUUAAAGGAGAAGGUAACAGAAAGAGCGGUGGGAAACUCGGAGAAAAACAGGGGUGAUCUGGUUUUUGAAAAAAUACAGAUGCAGUUUACGGAUUUUAUGAUUUUUUGUGGGAUUUAAUUAGGUUGUGGAGGUUUUUAAGUAAAGUUUCGGUUACAGUUAAAGGCAGAGGCGGUGGCGGAUCGAACUCGUGACAUUUAAUUAGGAUUAGGAGAGGAAAAGAAAAGAAGAUCUUUGGGGAAAGGAAAAGGAAAAUUCUUCCCGCAGUUUUUCUAGGUUUGAGUUUCUGGAGAUGGCAGUGCAGGCGGAGUAUCCGUCUGAUGUGCUGGUGUUGCCGGAAACGGCGUGCAACAGAAUGAGGAAUUUGAAUGAAGAGGAGAGGAAUUUUGUGCGGUCUGGCGCUGUGAAUGUAGAUGUUGCAGUCCCGGCUUUCAAAAUGAUGCCGCCGGAUGGGGUUUCCAGCCGGCCUCUGCAAUCAUUUCCGCUGGAGGGCUCUGUGCACGCCAUGGCAACAGGUUGGCCGUCUUAUACAGCCAUGCCUGAGUUAAGUCCAAGCCCAAACAUGUGGAUGUGUAGGAGAGAAUCAGAUCCGCUCCUGAACUUUUUUCCUUCGGAAGGAUUCAAGGCCACUUCCUUGAACUUGCAGCCGAAAUCAUUUGAUUUUACAGGCUUGAGGCUCAGCGUUCAAGAGGAUCACUCAAAUGCAACUAGUAGGAAAGAAUUGAACAAUAAUAACAAUAGCAUAUUAUAUGCAAGCAAUAAUCUGGCUACUGAGAUUCAACGCCAGAAGGAGGAGAUGGAGCAGUUUAUCAGAGUGCAGGAAGAAGGAAUGAGGCGAAGCCUAUUGGAAAGGACAGAAAAGCAGUCCAAGGCGUUGCUGUGCGCUGCUGCAGCGGCAGUCACACGGAAGCUACAGGAGAAAGAUUUAGAGCUUCAUCACUUGAAGCGCAAGAAUUUGGAGCUGGAAGAUCAAAUCAGAGGUCUCGCGAUCGAAACCCAGGGCUGGCAGAAGCGAGCCAAGAACAACGAGGCCAUGGCCGUCGCCCUCAAACUCCAGAUUGACCAAAUAAACAAAGAAGGAAGCGGAGACAGCGAAGAGGAGGCCAUGAAUACUGCCAUUGCCAACAUGUCCUCUUCUUCCUCGUGCCAAGUAAUUCCCAGCAAUAACAACAAUAAUAUUUACAUGGAAAACCUAGUUCUGGAGAUGCAGAGGAAAUGCAGGGUUUGCAGGCAAAACGAGAUGUGCAUAUUACUGUUGCCCUGCCGUCAUCUAUGCCUGUGUAAGCUUUGUGACAGCAAAAUAGACGUUUGUCCACUUUGCUCUGCCUUGAAAACUGCAAGCGUUCAGGUUCAAAUAACAUAAUAAUUUUGAUCAGACUGGCCUUCCCUUUUCUUGGAAAGCCAUUAAGUUUUGCUCACAUAUUCAUGGUAGAAUAUAUUUUUUGUUCUUUACUCGUUUUCAUGCUGGUUAACACGGGUAGUCGAGAAUUUGAUGAUUUUGAUACUGCGAUAACUCACGUGCCUGGUUAAUGGUUUAGGUGGCAAUUUUUCAAUGCGUUGUAAAUUAAUAGGUUUUUGUUUCAAUUUAUAAUUUUUUGGACCA